AUGGUGCUAGAUUUGGACCUGUUUCGUAGCGACAAGGGUCAUGAUCCAGAGAAGAUCAAGGAGAACCAAACGAAGCGAUUCAAGGAUGUGGCACUGGUCGAGACGGUUAUCGAGCAGGAUAAGGAGUGGCGCCGGUGCCGCUUCAACAUGGAUAACUUCAACAAACUGAAGAAUCUCUGCAGCAAGGAAAUAGGCGAUAAGAUGAAAAAGAAAGAACCGCAGGGUGACGAAAACGAGCCGGUGCCGAAGGAGGUGGAGGAUCAGCUGCGCGAGAUGCAGCUGAACUCGCUGAAAGAGCUGACCGUGAACCAGAUCAAGAAGGUCCGCACGCUGAUCGAUCAGGCAGUGGUGGAGAAUGAGCAGCAGAUGAAGGAGGUAGAGGCGAAGCGGAAUGCCGCAUUGCGUGAAGUGGGCAACCAUCUGCACGAGAGCGUGCCCGUGAGCAACGACGAGGAUGAGAACCGGGUGGAGCGUACGUACGGAAACUGCGAGACGCGACUAAAGUAUUCGCACGUUGAUUUGAUCGUGAUGAUCGACGGUAUGAACGGCGACAAGGGUGCCGUUGUGUCCGGUGGCCGAGGAUAUUUCCUCACCGGUGCGGCCGUAUUUCUGGAGCAGGCGCUGAUCCAGCACGCACUGCACAGUCUGUACGCCAAGGGAUACACUCCACUGUAUACACCGUUCUUUAUGCGCAAGGAAGUGAUGCAGGAGGUGGCCCAGCUGUCCCAGUUUGAUGAAGAGCUGUACAAGGUGGUUGGAAAGGGUAGCGAACGGGCCGAGGAUGGCACCGUGGCAGACGAGAAGUAUCUGAUCGCAACCUCGGAACAACCGAUCGCCGCCUACCAUCGGGAUGAAUGGGUUCCGGAAGCUUCGCUGCCUAUCAAGUACGCCGGGCUUUCCACCUGCUUCAGACAGGAAGUGGGAUCGCAUGGCCGUGACACGAGGGGGAUCUUCCGAGUGCACCAGUUCGAGAAGGUGGAACAGUUCGUGCUGACCUCGCCGCACGACAACAAGUCAUGGGAGAUGAUGGACGAAAUGAUUGGCAAUGCGGAAGCGUUCUGUCAGUCGCUGGGCAUUCCGUACCGUGUGGUGAACAUCGUGUCCGGUGCGUUGAAUCAUGCUGCGGCGAAAAAGCUCGACCUGGAGGCAUGGUUCGCGGGUUCGGGCGCUUUCAGGGAGUUGGUAUCAUGCAGCAACUGUUUGGACUAUCAGGCCCGUCGGCUACUCGUACGCUAUGGGCAAACGAAAAAGAUGAAUGCGGCCGUCGACUAUGUGCAUAUGCUGAACGCGACAAUGUGCGCAACGACGCGCGUCAUCUGCGCUAUACUCGAAACGCAUCAAACGGAAACGGGUGUCAAGGUUCCGGAAGUGCUUCAGAAGUACAUGCCCGAGAAGUAUCGCGAGGAAAUUCCGUUCGUCAAGCCAGCACCAAUCGACGUAGAACAGGCGGCCGCGGAAGCGAAAAAGGGAGCCAAGAAGGGUGGCGAGAAAAAGUCCGGAACGGCAGCAUAA